UAUGGUGCAUUACGUAUCUUUGGUUAUGUCCGUUGGUGCAGUUUGUAAACAAUAGUAUAAAACAUCAUAAAUUGCGAGAAAAUUCUGACAGUGAAUUACAAUGGGAAUAAAUCGGAUAAAAUGAUAUUUUAUCUCAGCAUUACCAAUUGUAUAUUGUAUAAAUUUCAAAUUUUCUCAUGAUACGGGAAGAAUAAUAAUAAGUUUUAUAUGAGUUCAUAUGAUACGUAAUUGUAUUAAAAUGUAUUUAACAAUUUUUAUUACAUUAUGUGCUUUUCAUUUAAAUUAUGCUUGGGAGAUACCGGAAAAUUUCGCAAAAACUGGUCACUCAAAUAAUUGGGCAGUAUUAGUUGAUACCUCACGUUUUUGGUUUAACUAUCGGCACGUUGCAAAUGUGUUGUCUAUUUAUCGGAGCGUCAAACGUUUGGGAAUUCCGGAUUCCCAAAUUAUCCUUAUGAUAGCAGACGACAUGGCAUGUAAUCCGAGAAAUCCUAGACCAGCUACUGUGUUCAAUAACAUCAAGCAACAUAUUAAUGUUUAUGGAGAUGAUGUAGAAGUAGAUUACAGGGGUUACGAAGUUACUGUAGAAAAUUUUGUGAGGUUGUUGACUGGCCGAUUAGCUCCAGAAACACCAAGAUCAAAGAAACUAUUAACAGAUGAAGGAUCUAAUAUUUUGAUUUAUCUUACUGGUCAUGGUGGAAAUGGAUUUUUGAAGUUCCAAGACUCUGAAGAAAUUACUAGUCAAGAGCUUGGAGAUGCAUUGGAACAAAUGUGGCAGAAGCGAAGAUACCAUGAAAUUUUGUUUAUUGUUGACACUUGCCAAGCAAGUUCAAUGUAUGAGAAGUUUUAUUCUCCAAAUAUUCUAGCAGUAGCUUCUAGUCUAGUGGGAGAAGAUUCACUUUCUCAUCACUUGGAUCCUGCCAUUGGUGUUUACAUUAUAGAUAGAUAUACAUAUUAUGCAUUAGACUUUUUAGAAAAAGUAGAACCAUCUAGCUCCAAAACUUUAGGGGAAUUUCUCAAGGUAUGUCCUAAGCAUUAUUGUUUAUCAACAGUAGGGGUGAGGAAAGAUUUAUUCCGAAGAGAUCCUAAUAAAGUACCAGUCACAGAUUUCUUCGGAUCGUUAAGGCCUGUAGAAUUAACUACAAGUAUAAUGAAUGUGUUACCUGUUAAAACAAAUAAGACAAAGACUAUUGAGCCUGAAAUGAAGUAUUCUUAUGCCCCUCAAUUUCCUGAUGUAUCGGAGCUUACGUGAUUUAUAGAAGUAACUCUAAAAUUUUUAGAAAAGGGGACUUGCUUUAAUAACAAAUAAAUAAUACAAAACAGUGUACAGAUAUAUUUAAUAUUCAUACUAUUAUAUUGUAUUAUACCAUAAUAAAAAAAGCUUCACCCAAUUUUUACAUUCUA